UGUGUUGCGCUUCCCGGUAAGGACCGAUGGCGGCGCUGUGUACCCAGCCUUGAGACAGGACAUUGAAACUGCACUGACUGGCUGCUGGAGACUGGAGAGAAGGAUCUUUGUGCCUAAACUAAAAACCUAACCUGUGCUAGACUCAUGAAUUAAAACGGCUCAUUCGUGAGGCAAGUUCGUGGAGAGGGAGGGCGACGCUAGCCUUUUGCUGCCUGUGAAACUAGCGCGACUGUAGGAAGCGGUGUGAGAGAACUGAAGUUGAAACAAACAAACAAAGGCCAGUAGAGGACUGUGUGGACUAGACGUCGACAAGCAUGGAGUUCCCGCAGCAGAAACCAGCGGGGGACAGCAAGAUCACCUAUCCACCUGGGGUGAAGGAAAUCACGGAUAAGAUCAGCAACGAUGAGGUGGUGAAACGGUUAAAGAUGGUGGUGAAGACCUUCAUGGACAUGGACCAGGACAGUGAGGAGGAGAAGCAGCAGUAUCUGAAUCUGGCGCUCCACCUGGCCUCCGAGUUCUUCCUCAGGAACCCCAACAAGGACGUGCGCCUCCUGGUGGCCUGCUGCCUGGCCGACAUCUUCCGGAUCUACGCCCCCGAGGCGCCCUACACCUCCCAUGAUAAACUCAAGGACAUCUUCCUGUUCAUCACCAGACAGCUGAAAGGGCUGGAAGACACGAAGAGCCCCCAGUUCAACAGAUACUUCUACCUGCUGGAGAACCUGGCCUGGGUGAAGUCGUACAACAUCUGCUUUGAGCUGGAGGACUGCAAUGAGAUCUUCAUCCAGCUCUUCAAGACGCUCUUCUCUGUCAUCAAUAACAGCCAUAAUCAGAAGGUCCAGAUGCAUAUGUUGGAUCUGAUGAGUUCUAUCAUCAUGGAAGGAGAUGGAGUCACACAGGAGUUACUGGACACCAUACUGAUCAACCUGAUACCAGCCCACAAGAAUCUAAACAAACAAGCAUACGACCUGGCCAAGACUCUGCUGAAGAGAACCGUUCAGACUAUAGAGACCUGCAUCGCCAAUUUCUUUAACCAGGUUUUGGUGAUGGGAAAGUCGUCGGUCAGCGAUCUUUCAGAACACGUCUUUGAUCUGAUCCAGGAGCUGUUCUCCAUCGAUCCUCUGCUGCUCACGUCUGUCAUGCCCCAGCUAGAGUUCAAACUCAAGAGCAAUGAUGGCGAGGAACGCCUGGCGGUGGUCAAGCUGCUGGCCAAACUGUUCGGGGCUAAAGACUCUGAGCUGGCCACGCAGAACAGACCGCUUUGGCAGUGCUUCCUCGGACGGUUCAAUGACAUCCAUGUUCCUGUGAGGUUGGAGUCGGUCAAGUUUGCCUCUCACUGCCUCAUGAACCACCCCGACCUGGCGAAGGACCUCACAGAGUUCCUGAAAGUGCGGUCACAUGACCCAGAGGAAGCGAUCCGCCAUGACGUCAUCGUAACCAUCAUCAACGCCGGGAAGAAAGACCUGAACCUUGUUAACGACCAGCUGCUGGGCUUCGUUAGGGAGAGAACUUUGGACAAAAGGUGGCGGGUCCGUAAGGAGGCGAUGAUGGGUCUGGCUCAGCUCUUCAAGAAGUACUGUCUGCAUCACGAGGCCGGCAAGGAACAGGCCCAGAAGAUCUCCUGGAUUAAAGACAAGCUGCUGCACAUCUACUACCAGAACAGCAUCGAUGACAAGCUACUAGUGGAGAAGAUCUUUGCCCAGUACAUGGUUCCUCACAGUCUGGACACAGAGGAGAAGAUGAAGUGUCUCUACUACCUUUAUGCCUGUCUGGAUACAAACGCUGUCAAGGCUCUUAAUGAGAUGUGGAAGUGUCAAAACAUGUUGAGAGGUUUGGUCCGAGAACUACUGGAUCUGCACAAGCUACCUGUCUCUGAAGCCAACAACACCUCCAUGUUUGGAAAGCUCAUGACCAUUAGCAAGAACCUUCCAGAUGCUGGGAAAGCCCAAGACUUCAUGAAGAGGUUCAACCAGGUGUUGGGAGAAGAUGAGAAGCUGCGUGUCCAGCUGGAGACUCUCAUUAGUCCCACCUGUUCCUGUAAACAGGCUGAACUCUGUGUGAGGGAGAUUACCCGUAAGCUGACCUUUCCUAAACAGCCAACCAACCCCUUCCUGGAGAUGGUGAAGUUUCUGUUGGAACGCAUCGCUCCUGUUCACAUCGACUCUGAGGCCAUCAGUGCCCUGGUGAAACUGCUGAAUAAGUCCAUUGAGGGAACAGCUGAUGACGAUGAGGAAGGUGUUACCCCGGACACAGCCAUCCGCUCUGGACUGGAGCUACUGAAGGUUCUGUCCUUCACUCAUCCCACGGCGUUCCACUCUGCUGAGACCUACGAGUCUCUUCUCCAGUGUCUGAAGAUGGAGGACGACAAGGUGGCCGAAGCAGCCAUUCAGAUCUUCAGGAACACGGGGCAGAAGAUCGAGACGGAGCUACAGCAGAUCAGAUCGACCCUGAUCCCGGUCUUACACCAGAAGGCGAAGCGUGGAACCCCCCAUCAGGCUAAACAAGCGGUCCACUGUAUCCACGCCAUCUUCUGUAAUAAGGAAGUCCAGCUGGCUCAGAUAUUUGAGCCUCUGUCUCGCAGUCUGAACGCGGAUGUCCCAGAACAGCUGAUCACACCCCUGGUGUCUCUGGGUCACAUCUCCCUGCUGGCGCCGGACCAGUUCGCCUCUCCCAUGAAGGCCAUUGUGGCCAACUUCAUCGUCAAGGAUCUGCUGAUGAACGACAGGUCUGUUGGGAAUAAAAAUGGGAAACUGUGGACGUCUGAUGAGGAAGUCUCUGCUGAGGUGCUGGCCAAGGUCCAGGCCAUUAAGCUGCUGGUCCGCUGGCUCCUGGGAAUGAAGAACAACCAGUCUAAAUCGGCCAAUUCCACCCUCCGGCUGCUGUCAGCCAUGCUGGUGUCAGAAGGAGACCUCACGGAGCAGAAGAAGAUUAGUAAAUCAGACAUGUCUCGUCUCCGUCUGGCUGCGGGCGGAGCCAUCAUGAAGCUGGCCCAGGAACCUGUGUACCAUGACAUCAUCACGCCAGAACAGUUCCAGCUCUGUGGACUCGUCAUCAACGAUGAGUGCUACCAGGUCCGGCAGAUCUUCGCCCAGAAGCUCCACCUGGCGCUGGUGAAGCUGCUCCUCCCCCUGGAGUACCUGGCUGUGUUCUCGCUGUGUGCUAAAGACCCGGUGAAGGAGCGACGUGCUCAUGCCAGACAGUGUCUCCUCAAGAACAUCAGCGUCCGGAGGGAGUACAUCAAGAACAACCCUCUGACUAACGAUAAGAUGCUGUCUCUGCUACCAGAAUAUGUGGUUCCCUACAUGAUUCACCUGCUGGCCCACGACCCAGACUUCACCAAACCACAGGACUUCGAACAGCUCAGAGACCUCAAGGAAUGUCUGUGGUUCAUGUUGGAGGUGUUGAUGGUGAAGAACGAGAACAACAGCCACGCAUUCCUGAGGAAGAUGGUGGAAAACAUCAAGCAGACCAAGGACGCCCAGUGUCCUGAUGACCCCAAGGCCAAUGAGAAGCUGUACAUCGUGUGUGACGUGGCCUUGUUUGUGAUUGUCAACAAGUCGACUGCAUGUCACCUGGACUGCCCCAAAGAGCCCGUCCUGCCGGCCAAGUUCUUCACCCCCCCAGACAAGGACUUUAUUAAUGAUAAGGAGUAUUUGUCUUCAGAGGCCAGAACAUUGCUGCUCACAGGAAAGCCCAAGCCCCCCCCGGUCCUCUCCACGGUGAACAAGGUCCUUACGGUACCGGGCCGGAGGGUCUACACCAAGACCCCUGUGUCCGAUCCAGCAAGCAACAUCAGCGCCAACUCUCAGCCAGACUCCCCCGCCACCAAGACCAGGGAUGGUGUGUCAGAGUCCCUGGGAACCGGAGCACAAGAGAACGAUGAGAACCCAGGCAUCAACACUGAGAAGGAGGGCACAGUGACCCCUGACCUCACCACGGAAGCGCCUACGAUCCCUAAACCUCGCCGUGGUCGCCCACCAAAAGCAACAGCCUCCCCUUUGGCCAAUGAGAAGGAUGGAGCAACAGCGAAGGGCAGGAAGAGGGCGGCACCAGCCCAAGACUCCGCCUCUUCUGUGGAGCCAAACUCCAUCAAGAUACCAAAAGCUGAUGAUGUGACACAGAGAUCUAUCAACCUUCAGAGGUAAAGAUAAGAUCACUGCAGACCCAAUCAAGACUGUAGAGAACACACACCCACCCACACACACACACACACACACACACACACACACUACUCUCCAAACCUCUGAAGCCCUUCUGGCCUUUUUGAUGGACCUCGCUUGCUCUCCCCCCCUGUCACAGCGACACCAUUUCAAGAAUGAACGGCGGUGUGGUCAUUUGAAAGCUUGUUGUAUGUAGGUCUUAAUCUCUGAAACCGUGUUUCUCUCCCUGUCUGUUGCUCUUUGCUUCUUUUGUGGAGCUGUUGUUUUUAAACCAAUAUUUCCAAACCGUUUUAAUGACAAGACAUUAUUAAAUUCCCUGGGAUAUCUAA